GUUCAAAGGAGAACCCGAGCUCAUCCGCGAGCGCGAUUCCUCCCAUGGAGGUGCUGUACGACAAAAACAAGCCUCUGUUCCUGUUUCGCGACGUCGUCGCCGCGGAGAGGCAGACGCUGUUCAUUAAGAAGCUGCAGCUCUGCUCGUACACCUUCGAUUUCACAGAUGCGACAGCGCACGUGCGCGAAAAGGAGAUUAAGCGUCAGACCUUACUAGAGCUCGUGGAUUACGUGAACCAAGGACAAGGGAAGUUCACAGAGGCGGUGUUUGAGGACUGUUCGUACAUGCUCGCACAGAACCUCUUUCGCGGUUUACCGCCUUCGAACCACGAGAUCACCGGGAGCGCGUCUGGGGACAACUUCGACCCAGAGGAGGAGGAACCGACGCUGGAGCCGUCUUGGCCGCACUUACAAAUAGUUUACGAGUUUCUGCUGCGUUACGUCACUUCGAACGAGGUCGAUCCGAAGAUUGGAAAGAAAUACAUCGACAGCACGUUCGUCCUGAAGCUUCUGGAGCUGUUUGACUCCGAGGAUCCACGGGAGAGGGACUACCUGAAGACGAUCUUGCAUCGCAUAUAUGGGAAGUUUAUGGUUCACCGGCCGUUCAUUCGGAAAGCCAUCAACAACAUCUUCUAUCGGUUCAUCUACGAGACGGAGAGGCACAACGGCAUCGCGGAGCUUCUAGAAAUUCUCGGUAGCAUCAUCAAUGGGUUCGCGCUUCCACUGAAGGAGGAGCACAAGGUUUUCCUGCAACGCGCGCUUUUGCCACUGCACAAACCGAAAUGUGUUGCCAUGUAUCAUCAGCAGCUCUCGUAUUGCGUCACUCAGUUCGUCGAAAAAGACCCGCGACUCGCGGACACCGUGCUUCGAGGUUUGUUGAAGUACUGGCCUGUCACGAACAGUCAAAAAGAGGUCCUCUUCCUCGGGGAACUCGAAGAGGUGUUAGAGCUCACGCAAGCGUCGGAGUUUGUGAAGACCAUGCUUCCUCUGUUUCGACAGAUUUCAGCGUGCAUCAACUCUUCACACUUUCAGGUUGCCGAGCGAGCUUUAUUCUUGUGGAACAACGAUUACAUCGUGAACCUCGUAGCUCAAAACAGACAGGUGUUGCUCCCGGUGUGCUUUGGUGCGUUAGAGAGGAAUGCGCAAAAUCACUGGAACGCGGCAGUCGGUGGGCUCACGAUAAACGUUAGGAAGAUGCUGAUGGAGAUGGAUCAGCCGUUGUUCGAGAAGUGUCAAAAGGAGUGGGAACAGGAGGUACUAGCAUCGGCGACGGAGGAGCAGAACCGUCAGCAAUACUGGAAGAAAGUUGAGGCGCUCGCUGACAAGUCCACCACUGCAAGGUCAUGUCCACGACCGCGAGCGCGUCCUUCACGGCCUCGCGAGCCGCGUACCCGACAACCUUGCUUUGGAGGUCCGACGCCUCGACGUGAGCAUUGA